CGUACAACCUUCAAAUUGUGCAUAUCACACACGUACCAUGUAGACCACAAACAAAAUUUCUAUAGAGUAUCAACAAACCAUCAAACCGAUUAGUUAACCGAUGUGUUUGCUCCGAAGUAGUGUCUCGUAAGCUAGUUGGAGGUGUUGAUUUGGACGUGUAGGAGACCAAUUGUAACAUCCCGAACCUUUUCCCGACAAGAUAUUGUCCGCUUUGGGCCUCUACAUCCGCACGGAUUUCGACUUGGGGUGCAAUUCAAGGUGACUUCCCAUAAGGUCACCCAUCCUUGUUGUACUCCACACUGAGCACGUUUAACUUCGGAGUUCUCACAAGAACUCUUCCAUUACACCCCAAGACGCGUCUUGUCGGUGAAGGCCGGUUUCCUACUUAUGAACCAUGGAUCUCUUCCGUGCUUUGUCGAUGUGGGAUUUGCCUAAAGUGUUACACCAAUUCUAUCUCUUUUUUUUUUUACUUCAACUAAUUUAACCUUUAGGUUCAUGAGUAGAGUUUAUGACAGUCCGCCCCGCCGAUGGGGCUAUUCAUGAAGUAGUAUGUAAAACCCUUUCUCUAUCUUGUGUCAAUGUAUUAUCUUUUGAUUUUGUAUCUUGUAUCGGAGGAUAUUUUAUGGACUAGUUUUGAUCGUGGUUACGUUAUACAGAUACAGACGUACAUAAUUAAAAAAAAAAACAUGUAUAUUAUCUUCAAUACCAAUAAUUUUUUAUUUUAAAAAAUACGAUUGCAUUAUUUUUUUUUUAUUGUUAAUUAUAUCCCCUCUUGAUGAGCUUUCCUAAUCCGGAAAGUCUAAAUACAAAUUGACUAAAGUCAAAAGAAAAACGUUCUAACCUAAUUCAUAUAUGCAUACCAUUUACUACAUCCAUCAAAUAUGGGAAAUAAUAUGAGAAAUAAUUCCUUAACACAGACUAUGUAAGCCUAGCUAGGAAAUAUUAUAUUACUAUAUAAACCCUACACUUGAAUGUUUCUGAAUCAACCUCAACAGUUUGCUAAUCGUUACUUACGCCUCCGACGAGUCCAUUAUGAGCUGCCGGCGGCAAACAAGUUCACCGUUGACUCAUCAGUUGUUCUUGUCACUUGUUCUACUAGCAUGCCUUUGUGGCAGUGGCUGCAGAGCUACAGCUCCUCCUGCAAAAUACUGCCGGUUAAAUCGGUCCGACAAAUAUGGCGUGGCCUACACGAUCACCGUCGACAACUCCGGCCAUGGCCCCGCCGCCAACUUCACCACCGUGCAGCGAGCCAUCGACUCCGUCCCCGUCGGGAACUCGCAGUGGGUUCGCAUCCAAAUUUCUCCUGGUAAAUUCACAGAAAAAGUGGUGAUCGGAGAGAACAAACCCUGCAUUUUCCUGCACGGAGCUGGAAGGGCCUCGACGAGCAUCGAAUGGGACGAUCACGAGGACAAGCCGACCAGCCCGAUCUUCGCGGCCUUCGCCGACGACAUUGUAGCAAAAGGAAUUACAUUCAAGAACAAGUACAACAUAGGUCCCGGCGACUUGGUGUGGAAGAGAGCGACGGCGGCGAGAAUCGGAGGGGACAGAUCGGCCUUUUUCGAAUGUGGGUUCGUCGGCCUGCAGGACACAUUCCUCGACGACGAUGGGCGACAUCUGUUCAGCAACUGCUACAUCGAAGGCGCCAUGGAUUUCAUCUACGGAGCAGGCAAAUCCAUCUACAAGGAGUGCGAGAUAUCGCUCAACAUAGGGAAGUACGAGCCCGGAUUGGCGGGAUCGAUCACGGCGCAGAAGAAGGAGCUGCCGGGAGAGGAGAGUGGGUUCGUGUUCGACGGAUGUGAAUUUUCAGGGACAGGGAAAGCCAUACUUGGGAGAGCUUGGGGAGCUUACUCGACCGUCGUCGUGUACAAUUCGAGCAUUGGUGACAUUAUUGUUCCUCAGGGAUGGGAUGCUUGGGGCUACGUUGGACAUGAAGCAAAUUUGACGUAUGUGGAGGCGAAUAACAGAGGAAAAGGGGCGAAUACAUCGAAGCGAGUUCCAUGGAUGAAGAGACUAAACCCAGCUCAGCUCCGAAGUUAUGUGGAUAUUAGCUUUAUAGAUCGAGAUGGCUGGCUUCGUAAUUUGCCUAGAAUCUCAUCUUGAUUCAUGUUUUUCCAACUGAUGUUUCAGUUUAUAGAAUUGUUUCUGUAACUUGAAUAUCUUGAUCUUCAAUUUAUUUGAAUAAUAAUUCCAAAAUUUUGACUGAAUUAUGAGGUUAUCUUAUUGAAGGAGUUUCGUGAGAUGAAUGUCAUGUAAAUUCUUGGCUCCCCUCUAGAGACGUCCAUUAGAAAACAAUUAAAUACAAAGAUAAUGUCAUG